GGUCUAGAACGCUUUUGGACUAUAUCGGGUUAAUUGAAGAAAUACGAUUAGGGGGAAAAUAAGUUGACUGCUUUAUAACGUUCGUCCACGUCAACAACUAGCAGCUAAGUGGCAGCCUACCUGAGAGCACGGAUGGCUGCCAGUUGGAUCUGCUGCAACAAUUGCUUUGCUCCACCCUCUGCCAACAGUAAACUGGCUGUUUCCACUUGUGGUCACAUCAUAUGUAGCGGAUGUUUUCAGCAUGGCAACAUCAAGGAAGGGGAGUGCCGAAUUUGUAAAGCGAAAUGUCAGCUCUCUCUUAUUUCAGACAAGAGCAGCCCUGAGGUGAAGGCACUCUUUUCUGACCAUAGCCCAACAGUCACAACAUACUUGGCUGAGAUUAGUAAGGUCUUACUUUUUCAGGCAAGACAUCAAAAGAGAUUACUGACACACUAUCAACAAAGGAAUGAAAAAUUAGAAGAUGUCCUGCUUAAAAUGAAGCAAGAAAUACAAGAACUGAACACAAAAAUCUCUCAGCAGAAUUCUUACAUAUUCAAGUUGGAGAACUCUGUUCACCAAAGGACUGGAAAUGCAGAAGCAGAUACCAUCCCUCUGUUUUGUAAGACUGAAAUUCCAGGGAGCAUGCCAAGACUCUCGAUGAUUAGCCCACCUCAAGCUGGCAGAAUUGGCACAGUAUCUCACAGAGUGAGCAACCAUGCUGCACGAUCUGCAUCUGUGAGUCGCGAGUUUUCUUGUAGCUUGAAAGAUGGACUGAUGAAUCAACCCCAGACCCUGAAGAACCCCAGAGAUGCAUCAUGGGAAACCCCUGUGUUUAAAGCUCCCUAUAGAUAUUCUUCCCUGUCAUCAUUGCAUUCAGUAACAUAACACCGUUAACGCAAUCAGGGACAUUAUACUGAAGUGGUCUAGAGCCAAUAGAGGUCCAAAUGCUGUAGCAACAAAUGACAUAAAGUAAG